ACACCUGGAGGCAACUAUAAAGCGGUGAGGAAGCUCCAACAUGGCGGUACAGAUUCAGUUGAGUUGUUUGGAGAAUUUUCCCACACACAUUAGUCCUCUGGAUGUUCUGGCCCUGGAAUCUGACCUGGAAUCUGUUUUCCAACAUGGCACCAACCAGCCCACCGUCCUCUUCACCCCGAACCAGCCUCAGCUCUGUGACAGGACGGGCAUUUUACUGCAAGUUCACCCGACCACCAUGGAGGAGAUUAGCAGCGCAGGGGGUAGUAGCUGCCUAACUGCCGACAGCGAGUCCGGACUCCGUGUCCGCUUCUUCACCAGCCAGUAUUUCCUGAAACACUUUCGGUUCCAGCGGUGUUCAUACGCCGGAACCAUCAGGCCUCUGGAGCCGGUCAGCCUGGACAGGGUGGUACUCGGAGCCCGCAGCAGGCAGAGCCUCUGCUGGGCAGGAAGGGAGCAGUUCACCGGUGGACUGCUGGAGCUCUGUCACUUGGGGCAGGAGCCGCUGGCCCGUCAAGGAGACCCGUUUCUCCUGUCCCAUCAUCCACUGUUUGGAGACGACACGGGACAGGUGCAACAGCGCCUCCUGGAGCUCCUGGUGCUGGAAUGCAGUCCAGUGAAGCAGGGGAGAAUCACAGCCAACACCUCUCUGGUCCUGACCGACUGCUGGGACUGCGCGGACCCUCCAGGCCCGUCGUUGCCAGGCAGAUCUCUCGGACUGAGCGUGUCAGACUUUGCUCAUUACGCCGACAGCGUUGGGUCUCGGUCUCUCCUGGAUAGCUGGAGUAGUCUGGGCUCUGGGUUGCCGGACGUCCUGCAGGCCUUGGAGUGCAGGUUAGACGUGCGCGUGGUGGACACUCAGCGAUGGUACUGGGUCAAAGGCAAGCAAGGAGCACUUGUGGACACAGACAGCUGCAUGUUCCUGAGCAAGCAGCUGCUUCUAAGGUUGGGGCUGUUCAACCAUGAGUGGGUGAGGUUGUCCAGGCCUGCAGGGAGCGGCAGAGGGCUGGGGGAAGAGGUCGAUGUCAGAGCUGCCCCCUGCAGAGAGCGCCUGGUCUCUGCAGUAGUGGUGGAUCUGGGUCCAGAACUGACGAUCCACGACGAUGUGGGUUUCAUCUCAGCGACUCUGUGGUUCAAUAUGACAGAAGGAGAAAAGCUUCCUGUGAAGAGCUGCACACUAAGGAUGAAGAGGUGGAAAUCGGCUCUUGAAGAUCUCAGGCAGCGCUCUGACAGUUACUGCCUCUCAGCUUCUCUGCCGUUUGCCACUGAGCUUCACAUCCAGCCGGUCAGCUCUCCGCAGCACAGCAACCUCAGCUUCCCCGACAACCUGCUGGCCGAGCAUUUCACCACACCACGCGUGAUUUCAGAGGGAGACAUCCUGACGGUUCCUGCUGAAAACCAUCCAGAGCUGCUGGAAUACAACGCAGAGGGGAUUCGCAGGUGCCCGGUUCUGUACUUUAAAGUUCAGAAGGCUCUCCCAUCUGCUAACGGAGGGGGAGAAGCUCUUCUGGCUGAUGAGGCUCACACCUCACUCUACAUGGGAACGUUCACUAACAGCCCUGUUCCCUGCUGCUGUGUGGAUGAAGAGUCUCUGUGGAGAAGCCUGGCUCCUUCUGGCCUCAACAAGACCGUCGACCUCCUCAGUGACCUCAUCCUGCCUCACCUGCAGCACAGAGAGUCUCUGUCUGCUUGCACCGUCAUCCUCCAAGGUCCUGCAGGCAGCGGAAAGAUGACUGUGGUCAGAGCGGCGAGUCGCAGACUCCACCUCCACCUGCUGAAGGUGAACUGUGUGACUGUGUGUGCAGACACUCCUGCAGCUGCAGAAGUGAAACUGUCGUCGGUGUUCCAGCGAGCCAACGCGCUGCAGCCAUGUGUCCUGCUGCUCAGAAACCUGCAUCUCCUGCUAAAAGGAGCUGCUGAAGACAAUGGCCGGGUCAAGGCGGUUCUGUGCCAGCUGCUCGGCAGCGCCCCCACCAGUGUGGUAGUUGUGGCCACGGUUUGCAGAGCUCGGGAUCUCUCCAUCAUGGGGGCAUUUAUCCACCAGGUGGAGAUGGAGAGCCCCACAGAGGAGCAGCGGCUCGCCAUGUUGGUAGGUCUGAGUCGAGAGCUUCAUCUGGGGAGAGACGUCAACCUGGAGCGACUGUCCAAGCUAACAGCAGGUUUUGUGCUGGGAGAUCUGAGCGCUCUUCUGACUGAAGCUGGAAGAGCUGCCUGCAGGAGGCUGAUCCACACCUGUGGUGGCAGCCUGCAGGAGGACUUGUGCUCCAGCGGAGUGACCAUCAUGAAACAGGACUUCUGCUGCGCUCUGGAGACGCUGCAGAGCGCCCAGUCUAAAGCCAUCGGAGCCCCAAAGAUCCCUAAUGUGUGCUGGGAGGACGUUGGAGGGUUGGAGCAUGUGAAGAGGGAAAUCCUGGACACUGUGCAGCUUCCUCUGCAGCGUCCUGAGCUCCUGUCUUUGGGUCUGAACCGAACCGGAGUCCUGCUGUACGGACCGCCCGGUACAGGAAAGACCCUGCUGGCCAAGGCUGUGGCCACCGAAUGCGCCAUGACCUUCCUCAGUGUCAAAGGUCCAGAGCUCAUCAACAUGUAUGUGGGUCAGAGUGAAGAAAACAUCCGAGAAGUGUUCCACAAAGCGCGCUCGGCUGUUCCCUGUGUCGUCUUCUUUGACGAGCUGGACUCUCUGGCGCCCAACAGGGGGCGCAGUGGAGACUCUGGAGGAGUGAUGGACAGAGUUGUGUCUCAACUGCUGGCUGAACUGGACUCGCUGCAGUCGUCUGCUGGAGUUUUUGUGAUCGGAGCCACAAACCGUCCGGAUCUGCUGGACCAGUCGCUGCUCAGACCCGGAAGGUUUGAUAAACUGGUCUAUGUUGGGAUCAAUGAGGACCGCGUCUCCCAGCUGCAGGUUCUCCAGGCCAUCCUCAGAAAGUUCCAGUUGGAUCCGGCUGUGAAUCUGCAGGAUGUGGUGGAUCGCUGCCCGACUCGCAUGACCGGCGCCGAUCUGUACGCUCUGUGCUCAGACGCCAUGACGGCGGCCAUCAAGAGAAAAAUCCAACAGAUCAACGAUGGUCUGGAUUCAGAGGACUCUCCUGUCCUCCUCUCUGCAGAGGAUUUCUCUUCUGCUCUGAAAAACUUUAGACCUUCUGUUUCCGAAGCGGAGCUGCUGCGGUACCGAAGCAUUCACCAGGAACUCUGCGGACAGUAGAAAACCUCUGUGAGGCGUUUCAUCAGGCGUAGCUGCUAAAUGUAACAUUAAGACAACGUGCGAGUUCUGAGUUGACGCUUUUCACCGUUUUUAUUUUUCUAACAUGUAAAUGACACGAAGAAAGAAGCGCAUGCUAAUAAAUCAGUGAAAAGACUUUAAAUAUUUACUGUGGAUAUCUCUUCUUUUUAUUUUUAUUUUCUAAAUGACUUUGAAAUGGUUACAUUGAAUAAGAUUUCCAUUAAUAUUUCAAAUUAAGAGAAAUAAAUAUUUUUGAUACUGAUAUUUGACACUUUUAGGUCAGUUAUAAUUACUAAAAUUAUUUCAGUUUCCCAAAUGUCACAAUAAUUACUUUUUUAAUUAAUAAUUUAAGCAUCAGUGAUUUGAUCUUAUAUCAUUUUCCAUCCAGUAUAAAAAUGCUAGAGUAAAAAUCUUAAUCAUAUAAUUAGAAAGUUGCCUCUUAAUACAGAUUCACAUGGCAGAAACAUUUUUUCUAUGCUUGUUUUUGUGUGUGUGUAUUAGAGUCCAAAUUAGCUAAUUUUUCAGGUUACCACACUUGUAUUAAGCCAACAUUCAUGUAUUAAAAUGUUUUAUUGGUCUAAUUGUAAAUAUGAUGCAUGUUUUUUUUUCUUUAAACUUUAAUAGUGAAAAUAUUGUAUAAAACCUGCAUCAGAGCAAAGUAAAGCUAAGCGACGGGGAAAAUCGAUCAAAUGCAACAAAUGUAAAAUUUUAUUUUAAUUUUUAGCAAAGGUACUUUUAAGUCUUAAAAAUGUACUGUAUUUUACAGGAAAGUUAAACUCGCACAACGAUUUGUAAUACGAACAAAAUUGAUAAUUUAUUACAAAAUAUAACACUCGUCAAGAAAAGACCAAACUUCACAAUGUAGAAACUGUUGCUGAAAACUGAAACCGACAUUCAGUUUGACUGACUUUACAACAGCGGAGUAAAACUACACUGCAAUUACAAAAAUAUUCAAUUCAAACAAUAUCCUUAAAAGAAAACGAAUAAUGGCAUUUUUCUUUUAAACGUCACUGGAGCAAAAAUAAUGAAGCUGCAAAUCUUCAACAUAAUGACAGAAAGUUACAGUAUUUGUGAUUUGGACCAAUUUUAAAGUAAAAUGUUAAACUAAACUUUCGUACAUGCUGAACUGUGAUGGGUGACUUUCAAAAACAAAACCACAAAACAAAAAUUUACGUUUUGUAAAAAACCAAACUGCAACAGUAUCAAGUGCUGAUGCAUCAUAGCAACAUGAAAUUAAUGUUUUAACAUUGAAAAUCUCAAUGAGCGAACACAUCUGUAAACACCCCGUAAAUUACAUUCAAAAUGUACAGAAAGAUGCAACAGUGUACCAGGACCAGCAGAGAAUAAAUGCAUUUCUGCUAAAGAUGUUUGAAAACUCAAAUUUGCUAGAAAAACAAAUCUAAUUUUGAGAUUACUCAGAAAUUAUUUUUAAAAACUCAGACAUUUCAGGAAUUUAAAAAAAAAUCGACUUUUGGAAAGUUCCUCAGUAGCAAAAAUCGAACAUUUCUAACUUUGGAAAACAAAACAUUUUUCAAGAUUUGUUUUCUAGCAAAAUUUGAAUUUUGUUUUAUCUACAAUGGCCCUAAUAUGCUCUCAUGCUAACUCAACGUAAUCGCAGAAAGCAGCGUUUCUCUUCAUGGAUAAAGUUUGUUAAAAGUGACGGAAUGAGCUCUUAUGCGUUGAAGUG